GGUGGGAAGGAGAGUGGCAGGGCGCCCGCAGACCGGACGGAGCAAAGCGGACGAGGGGAAGAGCGAGCCAAGGUAGAUUGUCGAGCGCGGCUGUGGGCGCCCUCGAUUCCGGGACGACGGAGCCGGCAUGGAACCGAACAGUCCCCGUAAGAUCCAGUUUACCGUCCCGUUGCUGGAGCCCCAUCUCGACCCGGAGGCAGCAGAGCAGAUCCGAAGGCGUCGCCCAACUCCUGCCACCUUGGUCUUGAGCAGUGACCAGUCAUCACCUGAAAUUGAUGAAGACCGGAUCCCCAACCCUCUUCUGAAGCCAGGAUUGUCAAUGUCCCCAAGGCAGAGGAAGAAGGUCUCUCGCACUACUCCCACCAUGAAAGAGCUCCAGCUGAUGGUCGAACACCAUCUUUGCAAGCAACAGGGAGAUGAAGAAGAAGUCAGCGCUGAGACACAGGAGUCACACAGUCCAAGCUGCUGCCCUCAUGCCAACACAGAACCUAGCCACAGUCCCGAAAGUUGCCCUUUGGCCCAAGCCCAUGCUCAGCUGGAGUCCCAGGAAGAAUCACACUCUGGCCUUGAAGAACAGGAAAGAGUCACAGAAGCUUGCGGUGCAGAGUGCUCUGGCAAAACGAGGUCAUACUUGUGCUCAGAAAAGCAGGGGAUUCAUAUAUCACCGGAGAACUCCGUGGAGAAGGACAGGCUGCCCAAGGAGUGAUACUCUGCUGGAGGCACAGAGGCUACAGCUGGACACAGGGCUCAUGCAUACCUGAGGAAUAUCACACAGCCCUCCCUUCCUUCCUUCCUUCCUUCCUUCCUUCCUUCCUUCCUUC